GCCCUACGUUCUUAUCUUCAUAUAAAAGUAGCCUCAUCGAAUGUCCAUAUAGUUUUGAAAUAGCGAAUACAGAACUUCCUCUUGUUCCUCUGAAAUGCUGACUGAUCUUAGAAGCCGCAAUCCCCUUCCAUGGACUCUGUUUCUUCUCUAACACCAAAAUUUAGAUCAUACUGCUUUAACAGGAAGCCUCUCUAUACGACAAGCUUAUCCUUUUUUCAGCUCCCGCACUUCAGGCGACACAGAACUUCGUUAUUGAUUUCUUCUUCUUGGACAGCUCCUUCGAACCCUCCGAAAAACUCAAAUCAUAGAAGUGUUAAUCACAGCCACCCCGUGGUAAACCCCAUAUGGGUUUCCUUCCCCCUUUUGAAAACCAUAAAAAAGUUGGCUUCUUUGCAAACCCAGAAAUGGAUUUCGAGUUUCAGAGUUUAUAGCAGUGCCCAGAAGGUUGUAGACGAGUAUAAUGGGUGUUAUUUACAGAACGGAGGGUUAGGAGUUGCUCUAUUGAGCAUUACUACGAACGCGAAGCUUCGGUUUAGCCCAUUUUUUGCUACCUUGGCAGCAAACCCAACAUUUGUUUCGGGCUUGUUUGCGUGGAUUAUAGCGCAAUCGUUAAAGGUGUUUCUGAACUUCUUCGUUGAACGGAAAUGGGAUUUUAGACUAUUGUUUGCUUCAGGGGGCAUGCCAUCGUCGCACUCGGCAUUGUGCACCGCGUUGACUACUUCUGUAGCGCUUUGCCAUGGUGUGGCUGAUUCGUUAUUUCCUGUGUGUUUGGGGUUUAGUCUUAUUGUUAUGUAUGAUGCAAUUGGUGUUCGGCGACAUGCUGGCAUGCAGGCUGAGGUGCUUAAUCUGAUUGUUGCAGAUUUGUUCCAAGGGCAUCCCAUUAGUGAAAGAAAGCUCAAGGAACUUUUAGGUCACACACCAUCUCAAGUUUUUGGUGGUGCUUUGCUUGGCAUUGUUGUAGCCUGCUUCUGUUGCCAAUCUUGCAUUGUCCCCACUUAGCUAAAAUCUCUAAGCCUUUUACUCAAAUUGUACUGAAAUCUUCCUAUUUAUACUGUUGUAGCUUUCUGGUAUAGUGUCAGAAAAUCUUCAACUAAGCUUCCCUCUUCUUUGUU